UUCUAUAAUCCAAAAUCAACACGUAAAUCCAAAUGAUCGUCGCAUGGUAAUGCUUUGUUCCAAACUUCAAAUGCAUCAAAUAAAAAAGUUACGAAAUGAUUGGGGAAAACUUUGUAAAGUUCAACAUAAAAUAAACAAAAAUCAAAAAGUUAUUAAGCAAGACAUGUUAAAACUUAAAAAGUUAACAAAACAGUGCAAUCAACAAAGUGAAAAUAUGUUAAAAUCACACAAACAGAACAUGAAGCAUUUGAAAGCAAUUUUUGAACGUAAUAUUAUAAAAAAUUUUUAA